AUGUUUAUCAAAAAAGAUAAUCCAAAAGUUGAAUAUGUCAUUCCGCCGUUAAAAAAACAGGAUUUAACCCUGGAAGAAUUAAAAAAAUAUAAUGGAAAAGAUGAUGAACAUAUAUGUUUUGCUAUACUUGGAAAGAUACUUGAUGUUAGCAGAGCUCCUAAUUUUUAUGGACCUGGUGGACCUUAUGGAAAUUUAUGUGGUCGUGAUGCAACUAGAGCAUUAGGAACAAUGGAUCCACGAAAUGUUAAAGAUGAUUAUGAUGAUAUUUCAGAUUUAACUGAAACAGAAAAAGAAACAGCAAAAGAUUGGUUAGAUAAAUUAUCAAUGAAAUAUCCAACUGUUGGAAGAUUAUUAACUAAUGGAGAAAAACCAACUGAUUAUGGUGAAGAAAUUUCAAAAAUAGAAUUUUGA